UUUUUCUUUUUAUCCAAUCUGAACCUCCCCUGGCACAAGAGAUAAUUUCCGCUUGUCCUAUCACUUGUUCCUUGGGUUAAGAGACCAACCUUCACCUGGCUACACACUCCUUUCAGGUAGUUCUAGAGAGUGACAAGGUUUCCCCUAAGCCUGCUUUUCUCCAGGCUAAACAACACUGGCUUCCUCAGCUACUCCUUGUAAGAUGUGCUCUAGACUCUUCACCAGCAUUAUUGCAAUUCUUUGGAUGCAUAAUAUGUAGAAUGUUUUUCUGAAACAAAUAGAAAAAGUGCUUUUUGCCUUGGAAUAACAUGUUGGUCACCAAAAAGGCCUAAUUUUAAUGUCGUGACUCAUGCUGGCCCAGAGGGCCCCAAAUUCUUCAGGCAGCUCUGCCUGCAUUGCUAUUUGUCACAGCUGAUCCUGAGGUAAAGAGGUGAACAUGAAGGUAGUAGGUCUUUGGAAGCAGAAACUGUGAAUGAACAGUCUUUGUCAAUAUUGAGGGAAAGUAACCAAGAAUAUUGAUGGAAGUGAUGAGCUGACUUAAAGGGCAUCACACCAAUCUGCUGACAACACAAAUGGUGGAAAAGGCAGUGCAAAAAGCAACACAAAUGGUGCAAAAACCUUAGGAUGAAGAGAAGAAGCCCUCUGUUUACUGGACCUUGCAAAGAAUGAACAGAAAUGAGGGAUGGAUCUUAUUCCUAUGAACUGCAAAGUACCACGCAGGAAAGCAAACUUACUGCAGCCACCAGUGUCUUCUUACCUCCAUUUUUUACAUUAAGUUUUCUCCCCAUUUUACCCUUUGCUGUCUCUUCAGAGGAUAUUUUGAGGCCUCUUGAUAUUCCAGCAGCCAAUGCUGUAUGAGCAUUACACAAGGAACAGAUGCAGUUCUGUGGUCUCUUGGGAUGUAUAAUCAUCCAUCUCCUCUCCCUAUGUUGCUGCUGUCACUCCAUAGGGAAAUGGGGCAGUAUCUGCUGUGUGUCUUGUGUAAAUGUGAAUGCAUUGCAGAAAUGUGUCUGUAACAAAUACUUUAUUCAUAUCCAUGAUAUUUUAGUUUCUAGGGACUUGGUACUGAUCAUAGCAACUGGUAUUCAUGAAUCUGCCAAUGACAGUCACUGUAUUUUUACUCCACGUAUUCAUGCUCGAUGGCAGCAAAAGCAAUAAAUUUUUCCUUGGGACUGCUGGCAAUCCAGCUCAUUUGUCAUUUUUAAAUGGACACCUGGGGUAGAUUCUGUCCAAGCAAAACAAAUCAAUAUAGUUAGUUACACUAAGUGCAUCUGAACAAGGAUACAUGAUGGGAGAGAAGAAAAAGGUGCUGCAGCAAAGAAAAUGAUGGAGAGGAGAGGUAUGUGUGCUGCAGGCUCAGCAAAGGCUGGGAAAAUGGCAGCCAGCUUAAUCUAUGGCUUGGGAGUGACGAAGGGACGGAGGAUCAGGUGAAGAGAACUAUGAAAGGGUGGAAUGGGCUGAGGAGGAAACUGAAGAAAAGUCAAAGAAAAAGGCUUAGGAAAACAAGACAAAGUAGUGGAUCUAAGGUGGGUCCCCUGGGUUGAAGCAGAAGAAACAAUGAAACACAGCCACUGGGCAUGCCUGGAGGGCAAUCUUAUUUCUAGUCCAUUUGAUUUUGGAGCAGUGCUCUGGACUUCAAACCAGCUGGGGGAUUUUAUAGCCCAUAUCACUUAUGCUGCUGUCAUGGUUUUAGCAUGGCAAUAAAAGUCACGAGCAGCUCAUGCAACAGCCCAGCUCUUGGAAAUGGUGCAGAAAGAAAAAAAUCUCGGAUGUCUGUUUUUAUAGAAGUAGAUGAUAUAGAAGAUAGCGUUUGCUUUCUUUGUAAGCAUUACAUUUUAGUCACUGGUGUAGGACUGGUUGACAUUUUAUUUUCUAUUUCAAAGUGUUCAUGUUUGAUUGUGUAACAAUAAGAAGCUUUUCCAUGGGGUAAGCAAUCCGGUUCACUUGUCAUUUUAAAUGGACACCUGAGCAGAUUCAGGUGACUGACCAAUGCAGUCAGUUGGACCAAGGGCCUGAAAUACAUUUGGAUGGGAGAAGAAAAAUAUGCCACAUGAAUGGAAAUAAUACAAAAGAAAUAAAUUACAUGCAACAGACAGGCAAUCAGGAGGGAUGGGAGGCUUUGUCUUUGUGUGCUAGAAAUAACUGAUCUCCCAAGAUCAUCAUUAAAUCAGCUUUAAUAAUGCAUUGUCAUCAAAAAGAGGAAAUUGCCUCCGCUCCCAAAAUGAGCAGAUUUUGAAAGGAUGCUUACAGAUGGUUCACAAGGCUGCAGCUGGUUUCUUGUCCUCCUUUAUUAAAAAAUCAAAGAUACUGUAAUUCUUCAAGAUCUUUGUAAGAAAAAGCAUCAAAGAAGUGCAUUUGGGUUUUUGCAUUAAUGUCACUCUGAAUCCUAGAACAAUGAGCAAAUGGUGGCAAAGCAGCUGAAGUGCCUCACUGCGAUUCCAGAGCUCGUGUCCCUGGCAAACCCAUCCUGCAGGCUGUAGGAUGAUCCUUGGCUGUAGCUGAUCACACAGGUUGGACAGGGCAGGACCUGUGACACUGUUUCUGGGAAUGUGCUUGGUCCACGGAGCAGCCUAGGUUUGGCAAGAACUCCAGCAAAACUACAAAAUCAGUGGUGCCUGUAUGCUCGAACCUGGAUGGAAACGUAGCCCUAAGAGUGGAGGGGCUGCUGAUUUCUGGGGUCUGAGAAAUUCCUUCCUCAGAAAGCACCUGUUCCUUUUAGAAGACUCAGGGAUUCUUCCACCCACCUCUAGACAAACCCCUUUCUGGCCUCGCUUUGGGAGGGAGCUGAGCAAUAUGAUUUAGGGGCGGCCAGCCACAACACCCUGCCGCACCAGCUGCCGUCAAAUCCCGAGCGGCGUUUCCGGAAAGCGGGGAGCCGCCGGAGGAGGGGAGGGGAGAGAGGCACAGCAGUGCCACGGGGGGUUCUCCCAGCCCCGCUGCCCCGGCGCAUCCCUCGCCGGGCGCAGCCCCCGCCGCAUCUCCCGCUGCGGCGACGCCUCGCAUGCGUCCCCUCGCCGCAGAUCUCCUCCCUCCACUUCAGUCAGUUCAUCCGGAUUUUUUUUUUUUUUAACUUGCAAGUUGUUUUUUCGUUUGUUUGUUUUCCAUCUGUUCGGAGGUACAGGAGCAGCGGGCGGGCACCCACCCGGUGACUCUCCACAAAUCCUGCCGGGAGAGAGGCGCUCGCAGCUGCUCCGAGGGUGCAGCCGGCUCCCGUCGCUCCUCAUCCCAUCCCGGGACGGGGCGGGGAAGCCCGGCUUGCGGAGGUAGCUGGGGAUGCGGUGGGAGCCGGGAUCCCCGGAUCGGGGGCCGGGCUGAGGUUACAGCGUGAAGAAAGGUGCUUGCUUACCCACCCUAUGAACAAACAGAAGCCUGUAUCUCUUGUCAAGACACCGACCUUGCAUCUCUGGCAGAAACAUCAGCUGCACUCAGCAGCCUCCCUCAGGGGUCUGUGUGGCCCUGGUUGUGUCCGUGUUGCCGGAGCACAGGGAAGAGUUGGGAUGCUCACCAGAACCCCGAGUGUUGUUGCUCAAGUGUUCCUUCUUCUAAGCAUAGUUCUUGUUAUUGCUAUUGCAGUGAUUCAGAUAAACCAGCAACAGGUCCUCUCCCCAGGGCUUAAGUAUGGAAUCGUCCUUGAUGCUGGAUCCUCUCGGACUACAGUCUAUGUCUAUGAGUGGCCGGCGGAAAAAGAAAACAACACAGGAGUAGUGAGCCAAACCUUCAAGUGCAAUGUGAAAGGCCCUGGUAUAUCCAGCUAUGAGAGUAGCCCUGGAGCUCUUGCCAAGCCUCUUGAUGACUGUCUGAAUAAAGUCAAGGAGAGAAUACCAGCUCAUCUGCAUAAAAACACUUCUGUUUAUCUGGGGGCUACAGCUGGCAUGAGACUGCUGAGGUUGCAAAAUGAAUCGGCAGCCAAUGAAGUCCUUGCAAGCAUUCAAAACUACUUCAGAGCACAACCUUUUGAAUUUAGGGGUGCGCAGAUCAUAACGGGGCCAGAGGAAGGGGUGUAUGGAUGGAUAACAGCCAACUAUUUAAUGGGCAAUUUCUUAGAGAGAAACCUUUGGAGGACAUGGGUCCAUCCUUACAGAAAGGAGACUAUGGGUGCACUGGAUCUUGGAGGAGCUUCCACUCAAAUUUCAUUUAUCCCCGAGGACCCUGAGGAGCACUCCAACAGCACCUUGCAAGUGAAGCUGUAUGGUUACAACUACAAUGUCUACACUCACAGCUACCAGUGCUAUGGCAGAGAUGAAGCUGAGAAAAGGCUUUUGGCACUGCUGCUCCAGAAAUCAAACACCAGUGCCAAGGUGGAUAAUCCCUGUUACCCUCAAAAUUAUAAUACAGCAUUAACGAUGAAGUACUUCUUUGGCAGCCUUUGCACACAGUCUCUGAGACCAGCAAAUUACUACCCAACCCAGUUUGUGAAUUUCCAUGGAACAGGAGACCCAGGUCUGUGCCAGGAGAUGGUUUCUUUAUUGUUUAACUUCACUGCUUGCAGAGACAGAGAGGACUGUCCCUUUAAAGGAAUACAUCAGCCAAAAGCAAAAGGGAAUUUUGUGGCUUUCUCUGGAUUCUACUAUACAAUUAAUGCUUUGAAUUUAUCUGGACACUUCUCCCUAGAUGACUUCAAUUCAAGUAUGUGGUUUUUCUGUUCACAGAGCUGGGCACAGCUGCAGUUUAUGCUGCCUAAAUUUGAAGAAAUAUAUGCUAGAUCCUACUGUUUCUCAGCCAAUUUCAUUUAUUACUUGCUUGUACAUGGUUACAACUUCAAUGCAGAAACUUGGCCACAGAUACAUUUUCAAAAGGAGGUUGGCAACAGCAGUAUAGCGUGGUCCCUCGGUUACAUGUUAAGCCUCACGAACAUGAUUCCAGCAGAAGGCAAGCUGAUCCAGUUACCUCUGAAACCUUCUCUAUUUGCUGGGCUUCUCGUCUUCCUCACAGCUACAGCACUGUUGUGCCUCCUCUUCCUCAUUUACUUGUGUAUUGUAUCACAUCAUCGGAAGAACGUCCCUCGUGUUGAACAUGUAUUUAUUCCAGAAUGAAUGAACUUUGCUGAAGACAAAACAAAAAUUUUAUACUGCUAUUAAGCAGAACUUUAUUUUUCCCCCCAUUUUUCAAAAAUAAAGACAGGAAAAAUGACUUCCAGUCCAGAAGCAUAAACAGAGAAGAGGCACAAAGGAGUCUGUGAUAUGGUGAAUUGGAGUGCUUUUGAAGUAUUUUGGUAAUUGUUUCUGUAAACCUGAUUUGUCGAGUGUGCAGCAGAGAAAACAUGGACAGAUGUGUCACUUUGCUUUGUAAGGGAUUACUUGCCUUUUCCUUCCAGGUAUGUAUUAUUUUUUUGUUCAUUAACUCUGUGCUAACUGGUGAACUUAAGUGGUGAUGGAUUUGAUCACAGUGGCAGCUGUUUAAGAUAAAAUUAAACAAGCCAGUAGCAAUUGUGGGAGGUGGGAACAUGGUAGCUGUCCUUGUGUGCAGUGCUGAUACUAAAAGCCCUGAAGUAAUCUAAUUUCUGAAACUGGAACAAGCACUGGAUAAUGACAAGAACUGAAAGGAAGAGCUGUGAUAGAAUUGUUUCUAUUGUUGUUCCAAAUGGAUCGAUCCCCAUCACAUAAAGGUGUAAUAAACUGUCAACACCUCUCAUGACUUUCAAGCCUGUCUUAAACAGAGCUAUAUCUUUUGGUACCGUGGAGACCCCAGAAUGCCUUUGUUGUGGAACAUAAGAUUUGCUUUGGAGGUGGAACAAAAUGCUUUCACACUUUAGUAACUAAACCUAAAGUUAUCUCAUAGUUACCUCCAGAAGACACUGGAGUUUUCAGUCCAAGUUAAGAGUUUCUCUCUAGCUUUCACAGAAAUGCUUUUUGUAGGUUCUCGUACUGAAACCCUGACCUCUAUACCCCACAUAUUGUUGGUCUCAGACAGUGGCAGUCUGUACUGAUUUGACACGUACGUACUAUUUCAGCUGUCUGGAUAGAGUCUCAGAUCUGAACAUUCCAAAGCAUUAACAUGUUAAGCCCUUCUUUCAAGGCCAAGAGGAGCAGGAGCCAGUCUCCAGGCCAGCAAAACACGUUUUCUGUGUGGGCUCAGGAACAUACUGCUGGAGCUGCAGUCAUGGCUGUAGUGCCUUGGUCAGCCUUUCCACUGUCCUUCAGCAGCACUGGGAUCCACCUGGCAGAUGCUUCUGUCAAACGUAUUGGCUCCAGAGCUUUCCUAGAAGUGCUGCUGCCUUCGUGCAGCAAACAGCUGGCUUCCCUGAAAGCCCAGGCAUUCUUCACCAAACCUCACACUCCCUUGAAUCACAGGACUAUCUCAGCUUCAUCUAUUCCCAGUAUUGAUUAGGGGAUAGAUAGGAGAACAGUGGCCAGUAUUUUUACCCAUAAAUAAUGUUUUUAAUUUCAGUCUUUUGUUUCUAUAUCUCCUUCUUACUUGUGUUUGGUUAUGGGGUUGGGGUUUUGUUUUCUUUUGUGUUUUUUUCAUAGGCUGACAGAUGAUUUGAAGGGAGCUAAAUAUCUUUUUAAAUGGAAAAAAGAAAAAAGUGACUUUUCAAGUGGAUCAAUAGGGCUUUGUUCCUUCUCUAUUGAUAUACUGCUAAGUCUUGUCAGUCUUGCUGCAGUAGCAAUAAGGUAUUAUAAGAUGAUGAAGUGCUCUGUGGCAUCAAAGUUAUAUCUGAUGAAGUAUAAAAUUUACUUCAGAGUGCAUGGACAUUACAGACGCUGGCAUGAGAUAAAGGCUUUUUCUUUUGUGUGAUGGAUUUGUAACUGCAGUUACGGGUGAAAAAAACCCCAGACAGUGGGAUGAGAGCAUUAAAAUGUUUUCUUUAGUUGCCACAUUUCUGUGGAAAAUUGCAUUCUGGAAUAUUUACUUGCCCUAUACAACCUUUGCUUUGUGAGUGGCAGAUGUGGUUUUACACAAAUGGAACAGACUUGGAAGUUAGUCUCUGUAGAGCUGGCAGCUAAAGAACAAGUUGUUCAAAAACCAUUUGGACUUCCAGAUGCACUUGGAUAGGCCCAGUAUCUGUUCAAAGAAUCAAAUUCCCUCUGUGAAUCACCUGUUUUGCUUUUUUAGUGCCUCCCUCUUGUCCUUAUUUAUAUAGUCUCCCUCAGUGCCACCAGGAUACCCACCUGCUCCGCCUUUCCUCUCCUGGCAGUUUCAGCUGGGAAAGGUGUUGAACUUCCAGCCAAGCAGCUUCAGUGACCACAGCUAACUCCCCCCCAAGUGUGAGCUGGAACCAGAUCAACAGGCCAGAUCACUGUCCUGCUGCCCAGAACUGAAAAGAUCUCUGGGAGAGACAGGGAAGUUAACAGCACUUGGGAAUGUGUACAAACCAGAGAUUAUUUAUCUUUUUAUACUCUUCAGUGCCUGCUUAUGAAGAUUAAUAAAAUUGUGAAAAGUUAA